AUGGCCACGGAAAAGGAGGAUAUGUGGUUAUGGAAAGGAGGAGGCGAGAGCGAUUUUUCUGUUUGUUGCUGCUAUGACUUGUUGUUGGAGGAUCGGUCGUUUCAAGCAUUGGAUGAUGUGAUGGAUUGUGCCAUGAAGAUUUUAUGGAAUGCUAAAAUUCCAUCAAGGAUACAGAUUUUCAUUUGGAUAGUUUUAUGGGACAGAAUCGCAACGAAGCAUCAGCUGUCGAAAAGGGGAGUAAUCGAGGUUAGUUCAGGUUUGUUAUGCGGAGGAUGCGACAACUCUGUCGAAACUUCUACUCAUUUGUUCUUCGGUUGUGAGUUUGCUAAUAAUGUUUGGAGUGAAAUUGAGAAUUGGCUGGGAAUCGAAGUGAUUAGAUGCUCAACUAAUGCAGCUUUCUUUAUUAGUUUCGAGAAUUCUUUGAAGAAGGUGUGUCGUAGUGGUGGUUGA